UUGAAUAUGGGUGAACAAUACAAGCCAUUUUUUAAAUACAUCGUUGGAUUCAUUAUUAUUAUUACUGGAAGGUAUGCUUUUGCUGAUAAUAUCAAAUUGAAAGAUGUCCUCAGAAACAGCAAUAAUAGAUCCGGAAGCAAUAAUUCGAGUAAUAAUAACUAUAACAGCAAUAAUGACGAUGAUAUUUUAAAAUCAGAAGUUACAAAAGUUGUUGAACUUUGUGGUUCUUCAGGAAAUAACAGAAAUCAAGAAAAUAACAAUAACAGGUAUUCGGGAAAUGGUGAUAACACUGAUACAUAUCGAAGAAUUAACAGUAACGGAGACUAUUACAAAAACGUGGGAUACAGUAACGAUGAUUAUGGGGAAAAUAAUUAUGGUCACAAUUCCAGAAACAACCGACAAAACUCUAAUAACCGUAAUAAUAACAGAAAUGAUCGGUAUGGACUUUCUAAUAGUUAUAGUGAUAAUGAUGAUAACCCAUACACUUCAUCUAAUAAAAACAAUCACAAUAACGAUGAUAACCCAUAUACUUCGUCUAAUAGAAACAAUUACAAUAACGAUGAUAACCCAUAUACUUCGUCCAAUAGAAACAAUCACGAUUCUGAAAGGAAUAAUAAUCCUUAUAACAGUUUUGGUAACAGUAAUAAUCCCUAUUCAAGCUCUAGCAGUUACAGCAACAACUACAAUGACAACAACAGAAAUAGAAACAACGGUUAUUCCAAUAGAAAUCUAAAUAACAUGAACAGCAGAUAUAAUUCUGACGGUCAAAACAAUGGUUAUGGAUUCAACAACAGACAUAACUCUAAUGGUUUCAAUUAUAAUGGUGGUGGUGGUGCUUACGGAAAUGAUUACAACUACGGAUAUGACAGUAACAGCCGUGAUGCGAUGGGAAACAGCAAUACUCAAUCAACUCAAGCAGAAACUGUCUACGGAUAUAACAGAGAAUAUACACGUCAACAUAGAAAUGAUAGAAACGAAGGUUAUAAUGAUGAUGCCUACUCUUUUGGAGUAAACAGUUAUGGACGAAGAAGGAGAAAUGCCAAUAAAAACAAUAAUAAGAAUAGAGAUAAGGACAAUGAAUGCACAAGUCAAUGUGUAUUUAAUAAUAUGGAAUUGUUAGAUGAUGAUCAGAUACCUUCCGAAACAUUGUUUAUAAAAUGGAUUCAAGAGCACAUUAAUGACAAUGAUAUGCAACGAAUCAAAACCCUGAGAGAAAUCAGAAAAUGUUUUACCAGAUUAUCCACGAGUGAUAUUGAUGAUGGCUGUGAGUAUUCCAAUGAAUUAGCAAAAUGUUUAAAUUUAGACAUAGAAUAAUCUAUUAAUUAGGUAUACAAUAAAAUAUUUAAUCAUACGCACAAUUUAUUUUUGAAUUUAUUAAAUUCAUUUUGUAUAUUAUUGUUUAAAAAAAAUUUAAGUAGUUUAGAUAUAUUAUUAUAAUAGAUUAUAUGUCAAUAAACAAAAAUACUAAACCUAAAUGAAAAAGAAAGAACUAAAAAUUGUAUUUAUAAAAUACCUUGUGAAUGCGAACAUUUUUAUUUAGGUGAAACUUCUAACAACAAUAACUUAACAUCAAUCUUAUAUUAAAAAUGGAGAAUUUUUUAGAUCUCAAAUAAUACAUUAAGAUGUAUGUGAUACUUAACAUAGAGUUCAGUGGAAAGAUUCAAGUAUAUUCCAGAUAGAAACAGAUGGUAAAAAGAGAAAAACCAUAAAAGUGGCUC